UGGUAGUCUUUAGUUCCCUGUGUCGGACUGUUUUGAUGCAGUUUGCGAAAAUAACACUGUCUAAGGAAAUAUUGAAAACAAUGAUAAAUGCUUUGAUCAGCUAAGUAUUUUGAAUAAUAAUAUACAUUAGCUGAACACGAAAAGCACAUCUUCAAUGCGGACCACAUGGCGUUUAUUGGGUUAUUGUUUGUAAUUUAAUCAUGCUACAUGGUUUUAGCUAGCACAAAAGGGCUGUCAGGAUUUCAACAUCAACAAAUGACAAUAAGACGUGGCUUAAACAGUACUUUGUUUAUAUUAGCAUACUGACGAGAUAGUUUUAACGUGCUAUCAACUACUGUACAGCGUUUUACCUGUGAAUAUUGCUUGUUAACGAGUUCAGAAAAACAUUUCAAAGCUGGCUCAACCUGGACAACUACUGAGAAAAAGGGGGCUGCGUUCAGCCUGCAAGAUACUGGAGUCUCCAGUCUCGUCCGAAAUGGAUUCCGCAAUCACACACCAUCAGUCUUUGCUCAAGAUCGGGGACGUCUGCUUUUUCUAAACGCCUUGGAAGUUUACCCUGCCUGCUUGCAUAACUUGUGACCUAAAUCUGUGUUUUCAAUUUCUAUGACACUCUCAAUUUAUGCUCAACUAGAUUCCGUGGAAUCGCUUUUCAACGAACUUCCCUAUAUGUUUUAUCUUGGCCUGUUUUUUGUGAACGUUUUGAUUCUCUACUAUGCCUUUUUGAUGGAGUACAUCGUACUGAAUGUGGGGAUAGUGUUCCUGCCUGAGGAUAUGGACCAGGCGUUGGUGGAUCUGGGUGUGCUAUCCGACCCAGCAUCUGUCCCAUAUGACACGGACACGGAACUGGAUGUAUUCGAGGGAUACCUGGAGUAACCUACAGGAGGGGACAACGUGGCAUCGCGUGUACAUCAGGCACGAAAUAGACCGACAUCAAUCUCUGAUGAUGGAUGAGAUUGAAUCAAAUGGGACAUUAUUUUUGCCUUUGAACAGCAAAGAUUGCGGUGUGAAAAAGUUGUCCCGACUCAAGUGAAGGUAGAUGCACCAAUGAACAGCUACUCCACCGUCCGGUGGGACAUCAACAGAGCUGUCAAAUUGUCCCCAAACUAAAGCAAUACCGGCCACAAGGAUUAAGCCAUCUGUGAUGGACGAUACCAUGUAUCAAGCUAGACUAUCCGUUGUUAUUAUUUUUUUGCAUAACCAUGUUAUACUGAAAAGCAUGGUUUUGGUUAUUGGUUGCUUUAGUUGUUGCUUUAGUUGUGACAUGAUGAUAGACUUUCUUUGAACGGAUCCACCUGUUCCAUGUGCUAAGGCUGCUAUCUUUAUGGUUCUGAACCAAUGCUGGUUGACUGGAAUGAUGUAUUCACCCCAUCUCUGCGUGAUUGCAGAAGUAUAACUGGUUCAGACCCAUGAGCCACAGGGUGUUCGGAACCACCGACUCCAGGCCACAUUAUUUCCCUGGCUUCCUGUCUCUGUGGCCAAACUGAACCGAGAUCUGUGGCAAACCUCCCCCAGAGCUCCCCCAGCUGGUCGAAGCUUCAGAAGGGAUAGUUUAACACAAAAUACGUGCCAGAUUUCUGACCUCAAAAAGUAAUGUGGUUGUCUAUAUACCAUUGAUCAAGUGGUACAAUGUUCUGUUCUGCAGCAUGAAUGUGAGAGAAGGAGCCAGGUGUUCGGGGCACAUGGAUUCACUUUAAAAAAAAUCUCAGAAUGUCCAUUUCAAGUUUGGUUUAACCUGUCUCGGGUGUCAGUAAUCCUGUACUGAUAUUCCAAAUCAAUAGACCUCCUUGUCCAGGUCUUGUUUUUCACAAAAAUGUGUAUCUUUAUGCUGUAACGGUUGAUAAGGCAAUGUAAGGAAUCUGACUUCAGAGUGUUCUCAAGCUACAUAGUGGAUACCCCCCCCCCUAGUGGUCAGAGCUUAAUCGUGAUAGUAGAACAGAAGCUACGUCAUUGGGUCCUGUAGGACCUACAGCACCUUCAUUCACCAAUCCAACUUGUUUGAAGUGUGUGUGAAGGGGGAGGGGGGGCACAGAUCACAUCAAAUAAACGAUGGAGUGUUGGGAAGAUAUUUCACAAAGCAGAUGAUGGAAUCUGGUGCUCCGUGAAGACAAUUUGGGGGAAAACACAAGUUCCAAGCCUUGUCAAGAAUUUAUGAUACUGUGCAGUGUUUCAGUCUGAAUCAGAAUGUGUGAAAUAUGCUGUUGAGUUUACUUUUGUAUUAGUAUUUGUAUUCUCAACUAAAGCAUGGAGUGAAGUGAAAUGUGAAUAGAUUCUCAGCUCAAGGUUUCAGAGGUCAGGGUUCACAUCACCAUGUAUUCAGUAGAGCUUGCUUCCCCCCACAUCCCCAUCACUCCAAAUGAAACAGGACUUGCACAUGUGUUACUAUAAGCUAUGUUCAUAUAACAAAGUUUAUUUUACAAUGCAUAUUUAAUAAACAAUGUGUGAAUGAACAUUGAACUCA